AGGUUCAAAGUAGUUGCUUAAAUGAGAAAUGGCAAAUGCCAGAGUGAAGACUGUUGUCCAAGAUGUUCUAGAUGGACUUGAUGUGGACCAUGAAAUCCGCAACUAUGUUGAAAGUGUUCUGAAUGAAGGAGAUGAUUUCCUGUCAUCACAUGAUGUAUAUGAGGCAGUCGGUGGAGUUCUUCAUGGGGUCCAUGGCCAAGAAGUGGAUGAAUUACAAAUCAUGGAGUUGUGUGAGAGAUUGUAUAGUGCCCUUAAGGGAGGCACAGAGUCAACUAUGGAUGGGGAUGGAUUGAAGAAAAGGCUGGAUGCCCCUGUCCACAUGGGUUCCAUGGCUGCUUCCAUGGAUGACAAUAUGGGGCGUGUAGAGAGUAUAUGGCUCAUGAAGAGGGAAGACACUCUGAAAGUGGACCAAGCCAAGUUGGCAAAAGCAGAAGCAAAAUUGCAACAGAAGCAAGGGAAACGCACUGGAGAGAUAAUAGGGAGUCAGAAUGGGAGUGGGACAUCAAGUGUAAUUGGGGGAGGGGAUUCCUCUGCCUCAGCAUCCCAAGUGCUCUCCAAGAAGGAUACUCGAAUGGAGCAGCGAGGAAACUUCAACUCCAAGGACAUCCGUAUUGAGGGCUUUGACAUUGCUUAUGGUGACAAAGUCCUGAUGGCUGGAGCAUCACUGUCACUGGUGUUUGGACGGCGCUAUGGCUUCAUAGGACGUAAUGGUCUUGGUAAAUCAACCCUCUUGAAAAUGAUUUCCAGUGGGCAGCUGAAGAUCCCGUCACAUAUCAGUGUGCUUCAUGUGGAACAAGAGGUGGAAGGAGAUGAAACCAUUGCCCUGGAAAGUGUUCUUCAGUGUGAUACUGAGCGAGCUGAGCUCCUUGCCAGAGAGGCCCAAAUCCAGGCUCUCAUCAAUGCCGGUGAGAGUGAAUUGAGCAACGAGUUGACAGAGAUCUACUCACGACUAGAGCAUAUAGAGGCAGACAAGGCACCAGCAAAGGCAAGUUGCAUUCUGCAUGGCCUUGGCUUCACAUCCACGAUGCAGAAACAGAAGACCAAGGAAUUUUCUGGUGGCUGGAGGAUGAGGCUUGCUCUUGCCAGGGCUCUUUUCUCCAAGCCAGACUUGCUCCUUUUGGAUGAGCCAACUAACAUGUUGGAUAUGAAGGCCAUCAUCUGGCUCGAGAACUACUUGGCCAAUUGGUCUACAACUUUACUUGUUGUCUCCCAUGAUCGAAAUUUCCUCGACUUUGUCCCUACUGACAUCCUCCACCUACAUUCUCAACGACUUGAUGCAUACAGGGGGAACUACGAGUCAUUCAUGCGUGCAAAGAUAGAGAAGCUCAAGAACCAACAGAGGGAAUAUGAAGCACAACAGCAACUGCGAGCCCAUGUCCAGGAAUUCAUUGACCGUUUCCGCUACAAUGCCAAGAGAGCCUCCCUUGUGCAAAGCAAGAUCAAGAUGCUUGAGAAACUCAUCUACUUCUUGCAGGAUCAAAAUGCUUGGUUGGAUGAAGUUUCCUUUGCUUACAUGCCUGGCAAAAGUGUAUUUGCCAAUGUCAAUUUGGGUGCCACCAUGGAGUCCCGCAUCUGCAUAGUAGGAGAAAAUGGGGCUGGGAAGACAACUCUCUUGAGGCUCAUCCUUGGGGACUUGAGCCCAACAGGCGGAGUGCGCAAUGCUCACCGCAAUCUGCGAUUUGGCUACUUCACCCAGCAUCAUGUGGACCAGCUGGACCUCAGCUUCUCCCCACUUCAACUCAUUCAAUCCCGAUUUCAAGGGCUUCCAGUAGAGGAAUAUAGAAGGCAGCUGGGUCGCUUUGGAGUGACAGGGGACAUGGCACUGCAGCAAGUGAGCAGCCUCUCUGGAGGCCAGAAGUCUCGCCUUGCCUUCUCCCUCCUCUCUAUGGCCCGACCCAAUUUCCUCAUCCUUGAUGAACCCACCAACCACCUGGACAUUGAGACUAUUGAGGCUCUUGGCAAUGCUCUCAAUGCCUUUUGUGGUGGAGUGAUCUUGGUGUCACACGAUGAACGUCUUAUUAGAAUGAUCUGCAAGGAACUCUGGGUUUGCAGCGGAGGGAAGGUAUGGAGCCUGGAAGGCGGCUUUGAUGAAUACCGACGUCUCGUAGAAGUCGAACUCAAAGAUGCUUUUUGAUGUCUAGUGUCUCUUGAUUAUAGGGCUCUUUUUUUUUCCCCAUGGCUUCUGUGGGUGACAUCUUUUGAAAUUGAU